UGGCCGAUAGGCUUCCGAGAUAGCACCGGAAGUACGGUGCUCGGAAGGGUCCGACUUAGGAGGACUCGCGUCGUCCUCGUUGUCACCGGGCCUGGAGGAGUCGGGUAGGAGUCGGAGGCGCAGGGGACUUGAGUUUAUGGUCACGCCAGCGUCCUGACCGCCGGCAGGCCCCUUUUCUGUGCCCUCGUUGACUCAGUUGCGGUGUGAGUCGUGGGCGAGCCGCUCUCAGCGUCCAACCUGGAGAACGAGGUCGUUCGGGCAGCGCCCGUGGGAGACGAGGGCCAGAGAAACAGUCCCAGGUCUGAACUGGCCAUCCAAGAAACUCAGGAGGAGGAGCUGACAGUCUCUGCAUCCCUCACCCCCCUGGGACAGGACCCAGCAUGUCUCAGGCCACCAAGAGGAAGCAUGUGGUGAAGGAGGUGCUGGGGGAGCACAUGGUGCCCUCUGACCAGCAGCAGAUCGUGAGGGUACUCAGGACCCCAGGGAACAAUCUGCAUGAAGUGGAGACAGCCCAAGGGCAGCGCUUCUUGGUGAGCAUGCCCUCCAAAUACCGUAAGAACAUCUGGAUCAAGAGAGGGGACUUUCUCAUUGUUGACCCCAUUGAAGAGGGAGAAAAAGUGAAGGCCGAGAUCUCCUUUGUGCUGUGCAAAGACCAUGUGCGCUCUCUGCAGAAGGAAGGGCUCUGGCCUGAGGCCUUCUCAGAAGUGGCCGAGAAACACAACAACAGGCAUAGACAGACUCAGCCAGAACUCCCAGCGGAGCCGCAGUCAUCAGGAGAAGAGUCCAGCUCUGAAGACGAUUCUGACCUCUUUGUUAACACCAACCGCAGACAGUAUCACGAGAGCGAGGAGGAGAGUGAAGAGGAGGAGGCGGCCUGAGUCCCCGGACCCACUUCUCUUGCUCAGAGACGAGUUCUUGGCUCCUCUGAGCUUGGACAUUCUCAGGGUGUUCUGCAGACCUUCCCCCCCUGGGAUGGGGGACAAGACAGGGCCCCUCUCUGAACUGACCUUCUGCUCGAGGAGAAUUAAACCCCUGGUGGGUGAUGA